AUGGCGGUGGUGGUGCGGAGUCUGCAGGAUCAGCUCGAGAAGGCGAAAGAAGGCCUGAAAAGCGUGGAUGAUAAUAUUCGAAAAUUAACUGGACGAGAUCCCAAUGAAGCGCGACCGGGUCAACUCCGUCGUGUGGGCGGCCCCUUGGCAGGCCCAGGUGGAGGUAGAGGCAGAGGAGUCAACUUACUCAGACGCAGUCUCUCUGACAUCGGUACAGGUGGGCCCCCUGCCAAGCAGCGGGAUAUCGCUGGAGCUCUGAUGAGGCUGGCAGGAGGAGGAGACAUGAGGCCCCGGAGGGAGAUGCGCCACGACAGCGACGCUGAGGAUGAUGACGAUGUCAAAAAGCCAGCGUUGCAGUCGUCAGUUGUAGCUACCUCCAAGGAGAGAACACGCCGAGACCUCAUCCAAGAUCAAACUAUGGAUGACAAGGGCAAACAGAGGAAUCGGCGUAUGUUUGGCCUGCUUAUGGGGACCCUGCAGAAAUUUAAACAGGAGUCAAACGUUUGCACUGAUAAGCAAAAGAGGCGUUCUGAAAUUGAGCAAAAACUCGAAGUUCAGGCCGAAGCUGAAAAGAAAAAGGUGGAGACCGAAAAGAGGGAAUUAUUUGAGGAGAGGCGAGCUAAGCAGACCGAGCUGAGAUUACUGGAACAGAAAGUUGAACUGGCUCAGCUGCAAGAGGAGUGGACUAAUCACAAUAACCACCUGGUCAAAUUUAUCCGCACCAAGACAAAGCCACAUAUUUUUUACAUGCCUGGGAAAAUCUGCUCCGCAAAACAGAAACUCCUCGAGGACUCUACCAAGAAACUGAAUGAUGUUUUUGAAGAGCGACGUCAAGCAUUUGCCGAACACAUCAGCAAGAUGGAGUCUCGCCCACGCCGCCAGCAAAUCCGUGACCCAGACGCCACCAAAGUGACCCCAGGGAUGGACCGCUCAGCCGAGGGUAAGCCAGCAGGUCAGAUAGUCAAGGUGAGGAAGAGCUUAGCUGAGAUGGAGGAAGAUGAGGAGGAAGAGGAUGAUGAUGAUGAAGAAAUGCAGAAAGGGACAGAUGAGAAAGCCGACGAGGGGAAGAACAAUGGUAAAGAUGUAGCGGAGCAGGAGAAGGGAGAGGGGACACCGGGAGAGGGGGAAAUGGAGGUAGGAGAGGAAGGUACAGGAGAGAAGAUGGAAGUGCAGGGAGCUGAGGAGCCAAAGGAGGCGUCUGAUGUAAACGUCAAAGAUGCCAGUCCAGAAUCAGAAACGAAGGAAGCAGCUGAGGAAAGUGCAGAGAGGAAGGAUCAGGUAGUGACCAGUGAGCUGCAAAACGUGGGAAUAUCGGGCUCUCCGUCUGAAGCGCCUGCCGCCGUCCAAGAACCUACAAAGUCAUGUGAGCAGCCUAGUCCCCUCGAGGAAGCCACAGUUCAGACACAGGAAGCCCCCUCAGACACCGUUCCACAGGAUGAGCCCCGGGUGGAGUCUUUUGCCAUACCUGGUCUCGACGUGCCCAGUGAGGCCACAAACAGCCAGGGUUUAGGAGAGCGACCCCAGGAGGCUGAACCAGAGACCACAGCCGAGUCCACCGACAUGCCGUCUGAAGAGAGCCCCAAGGAGAAGAGUCCAGGGAGGGGGAGGACCAAGGAGGCUGGGAGAAAGAGUCAUAGCAGGAGCUCCUCUUCUUCAUCCGGGUCCAGCUCCAGCGGUAGCUCGUCUUCAUCCGGGUCCAGCCACUCUUCCUCCUCCUCAUCCUCUUCAUCCUCGUCCUCGAACAGCAGAAGCCGCAGUCGUGACGGCGAGAAGCGCAAGAAGAAGCAGUCAGAGAAGGGUAGAGAUAGAAAGAAGGGGGGCGGUGGUAGAAGUGGAAGGAGGGACGUAAAGGGGUCAAAGGAGAAGAGGACAGAGGAUGGGAAGGGCAGUGGUAGUUCUUCUCGGGGCAAUAGGGAACGGAAAGACAAAGAUAGAAAGGACAAAAGACGUUGA